AUGGCUCUUCGGCCGUUCUUCGUUGCGUUGGCUGCUGCCGUGAUUGUUUUGUGCUUUGGUAUGGGAAGCAAUGCAACAGAGGAAGCAAACGAUGAAGCCAUAGUGCGGGCGACGUAUCACUUGUACUGUCCGGAAACGAUCAAUUGGGAUUUGGGCGCAGUGAAUGCUUACUGCACCACCUGGGAUGAAGACAAGCCCUUCGCAUGGCGUCAGGAGUACGGUUGGACCGCCUUCUGCGGCCCAGUUGGGCCGGCCGGCCAAGCUUCUUGUGGCAGAUGCUUGCAUUUAACAAAUGUUGAAACCGGAGCUGAAACAACGGCCAGGAUUGUGGAUCAGUGCACCAACGGAGGGCUGGAUCUUGAUUAUCAUGUGUUCAUGAGUUUGGACACUGAUGGCAAUGGCAUCUUUCGAGGACAUCUUACCGUUAAAUAUAAGUUCAUUGACGACUGUUAA